GAUUUAGUGCCUAUUCAUAUGGUGCCAAAACAUCAAACGAGGCGUGAAAAAUAGUUUAUUACCUUUAAGUAUUUCAUACUUAAAGUAGUGCCAAAUUUUUAGGCCAAGACGCAGUGAAUCCGCCAUGUAGCAUCCUCCAAAAAUGGAUAUUACGUGAUCAUCCCAAAAUUUUCCCAAAUUUUUUUUACCAUGUAUCCCCCCAGUAGAAAAGAUUCGACGGUGGCCCUUUAUGGGCCAGAAAAGCAGCAAAACGCGUGCGUGAUUGCACAGGCUGGCAAACAUUACGAAGCUUUGUACGGUUGCCAACCUAACGAAUCUGAAAUAGAGACAAUUUCGAAUAGUCAACCUGUGCCUGAACAACAGGUCAGAAAUCUGCACAAGGCAUCCUUGAGUAGGAUGCUGAAAUGGUUCGGAAGGAUCGGACGGAACGCUUUUUGUGGGGCUACAGGCGGACCGCUAGAAAUGGCCGCUGCCGAGGGUUCGGUCUGUUUCAGCGGUCACACUUUGGACAAGGCCACCAAGGCUAAGGUUACCCUAGAGAAUUACUACUCCAAUCUGAUAGCACAGUAUGGGGAGAGGCAACAAAGGUUGGCAAAAUUAGAAGAAUCUUUGAAAGAUGAAGGAUUAUCCGAGUCCCAGAAACAGGAGAAAAGGCAGCAACAUGCACAGAAGGAAACCGAAUUCUUAAGGCUAAAACGUUCAAGGCUAGGCGUCGAAGAUUUUGAACCACUCAAAGUUAUAGGCAGAGGUGCAUUCGGCGAAGUGCGCCUUGUUCAGAAAAAGGACACUGGACAUGUCUACGCCAUGAAAAUCUUAAGAAAAGCCGAUAUGCUCGAAAAGGAGCAGGUUGCCCAUGUCCGAGCAGAAAGGGAUAUGUUAGUAGAAGCAGACCAUCAAUGGGUCGUUAAAAUGUAUUAUAGUUUUCAGGAUCCCAUAAAUUUAUAUUUAAUAAUGGAAUUUCUCCCCGGUGGUGAUAUGAUGACGCUAUUGAUGAAAAAGGACACUCUAUCAGAAGAAUGUACACAAUUUUAUAUAGCCGAAACAGCAUUAGCCAUUGAUUCGAUACACAAAUUGGGUUUCAUACAUCGUGAUAUCAAGCCAGAUAAUUUACUGUUAGAUGCCAGAGGGCAUUUGAAAUUAUCAGAUUUUGGUUUAUGUACAGGAUUGAAAAAAUCACAUAGGACAGAUUUCUACAGAGACCUUAGUCAAGCGAAACCUUCAGAUUUCUUGGCGCCUUCAUCGAGCCCCCUGGAUUCAAAGAGGCGAGCAGAGAGCUGGAAGAAGAACCGGAGGGCACUCGCCUACAGUACAGUUGGCACACCUGACUACAUCGCCCCGGAAGUGUUCUUGCAAACAGGAUACGGAAGGGCGUGCGACUGGUGGUCGUUGGGUGUCAUCAUGUACGAAAUGUUAAUCGGAUACCCGCCGUUCUGCAGUGAAAACCCACAGGAAACAUAUAGAAAGGUCAUGAAUUGGAGAGAAACUCUAAUAUUCCCUCCUGAAGUACCAAUAUCUGAAGAAGCCAGGGAAACAAUUGUUAAAUUUUGCUGCGAAGCUGAUAGACGAUUGGGUUCUAACAGAGGCCUAGACGAAUUGAAAUGUUCCUCUUUCUUUGCUGGAGUCGAUUGGGAGCACACACGAGAAAGACCUGCUGCAAUUCCAGUUGAAGUUAGAUCCAUAGAUGAUACCUCCAAUUUCGAUGACUUCCCUGAUGUCAAACUAGAAAUUCCAUCAGCACCAAUGCCUCAAGACGGUGAAGUGAUUUACAAGGAUUGGGUCUUCAUAAAUUAUACCUUUAAGCGAUUCGAGGGUCUGACACAAAGGGGCACGCCCACGAAGAAAUAGCACGAACUGUUCGCUCAGAACAAUGACUACUUCGAUCUGUGAAUGAAGAAAAUCGUUGGUUGAAAACAGUGGAAAAGGAUAUAUUUUACAUAUUUGAUUUUGGGUUCGAUAGCAAAUUUUUUUGAAGCCACAUAAGUAAUCAUAUAAGAUGUAAGUAACUGAUUAUUUUUUUAUUUUUUAUUUUUAUUCAAAUUAUGCGAACCAACAGCACCACAUAACGAAUUUCAAUCAAACUGCCUUUCUUCUAUCACCUGAUGUCAGAUAUUAGGCUUAAGUCCAACAAUAGUAAAUAAAUGCUAAACGUAUAUUAUUUUUUGUCUGAGACAACGGUUUUACAUCUAUUAAAGUAAGGAAAGUAAUACAAAUUGAGAGUAAAAAAUAUUGUACAGUUUCAUCAUCUGAUUUGUAUUUUUU